UCACAUCCUGUAGACGCUGUACGGCAUUCCUGUGGUUUCAUUGGCUCUGAUCCAUCUCAGUAGGUCAGACGGACCCCUGCUCAUAUCAGCUCAGUGGCUGUAUUAGCCAAGUAUGACGUCAGCUCUACGUAUGUUAAUCGGAAGGGCAUAUCCGCCCUUCUUUAGAAACACAUCACUAGCUGCUACAGUGCAACUGCGCCUGAGUCUGUGGCUAAAUUUAGCGCUGCCCGUUUGGUUUUAGGUGCAGAUUAAUGUGAAGAGAUGAAAAUGGGAGCGAGGGAGAUUCGCACCACUCCGAUGAUGGAUUUUACGGCGCAACCCGCAGCCUAUGAUGGAAGCUAAAGGUUUACCCGGCUGGCUGUAGCUGGUUCCUGGUGGACCGUUUGAUGUGAGCUCAUUUUUUCUGUGUAGACAGACGGUCAAGAGUGGGCCGGUUACCUAGAGUUCGUCCUUUGCCUUGAGAGUGAAAGCAAGGCAUUCUGGGAAGCCCCCGCCCUGGAUGUGUCUCCGCCAGCACCAGCAGAGGAAAAGUUCGUCCCAUGUUGCCUCUUUAUAUACUGAUGCUCAGCUCCAGUGCCAUUAUGAGCGGGUAACGGACCGACCACAGGUCAAGGAGUGGGGCAGUUCUGCGUGGGAGGAGUCAGGGACGUUCCGUAAGGGAUGACCAGCCUUUUUCGCCGAAGUAGCGCGAACCAUGGCAACAGCGACGUUGCCUCGUCAGAGCCUAAUAACAGGCGACCCCCCCGUCAAGUCAGACGGCUUGAGUUUAGCCAGGCUAUGGACGACUUUAAGACUAUGUUUCCCAGCAUGCAGCAUGAAGUUAUCGAGUGCGUGUUGAGGGCCAACAAUGGCGCCGUGGACUCCACCAUUGACCAGCUCCUGCAAAUGAGCUUGGACAGCCAGACCACAGAUGACAGCUCGGAUUCUGACGACAGCAUUCCUCCGGAGAUCCUGGAGAGAACGCUAGAGCCGGACAGCUCAGAUGAGGAGCCUCCACCUGUCUACGCCCCACCCUCCUAUGACAGGCACAUCUACGAUAGAAAACAUCCAGCAGAUGUGCCGUCCACUCCACCUCCUAGGUUCCAUGAUUAUCCCCCUCCCGGGCAUCAGCAGGUUGGCAGAUACAGGAACUGGAAUCCACCGUUACUAGGCAACCUGCCCGAUGACUUCCUGCGGAUCCUGCCUCAGCAGUCAGAGAGUCUUCAGAGAUCUCAAAGCACUUUGUCCCAGCCUUCGUCCUCAUCCUCGUCCUCACUGUCAUCUCUGACGCAGCUCUCGUCCAGCAGCGGCGUCCCGUCGGGUGGCACAUGGUCAUCUGAACAGGACAGAAAGUUGAAGCAGUAUUUGGAAGAUGAACGAAUCGCUCUUUUUCUGCAGAAUCAAGAGUUCAUGAAAGAACUGCAGCGUAACCGAGACUUCCUCAUAGCUCUGGAGAUAGGUGAUAAUUGUGCUUCUGGCUCUGAGGAGGCUUGCUCGUCUGUCUCUGAUGAUGCCUUAUUCCUGGAGAAACUCAAGCACAUGGGCAAAUCCACGAGAAAGAAGCUUUUUGAGAUUGCUAGGUCUUUCUCUGAGAAGACAAGAAGGAAGAAGUCCAAAAAGAAAGCUCCGCCCAAACACCAUUCUCUGGGCUCCGCCACCUCCACCAUUAAUCUGCUUGAAGAUGUAGAAGGGCCUCCACCGGAGCAAGACGGUCAGCACAAGAGCCUUUCGGGAACAGUGGAGGGGGAGGAGUUAAAUAAGAUAGACGAGUCCUGGCCUGACAAGCUAGCGGUCUCUGGGUUAGUGAGAGACAGAGAAACUAAAGCAUCAUCACCAUCAAGAUUUCACUCAUUAGUGUCAUGCCACGGUUGAAUUACAUCUGAACCAUGAAGAUAUCAAAGUUCUUUAUUCUCGUUCAACAGUCUUUCAUUUAGCGUCUGACUGCCAUGCAGUGUAGCAGAUCAGGUCGUGCUGGGUCAGUGUUCACACCGUGCUGGGACUCGGGACUCAGAAAUCCCACAAGCACAAAACCUCAUCGUUCAGCUAGUUAAAAUAAAAAUUCUGUCAUCAUUUACUCACCUUCGAGUUGUUCCAAAUGUAUAUACAUUUCUUUGUUCUGAUGAACACAGAGAAAGAUAUUUGGAAUAAUGCUUAUAACCAAACAGAUCUCGACACCCAUUGACUCCCAUCGUAGGAAAAAAACAACGUUAGUCAAAAGUGCCCCAGAACUGUUUGCUGUCCUACAUUCUUCAAAAUGUCUUUUGUGUUCAACAGAACAAAAAAAAUGAUAAAGUAAUUUUUCCUACUAUGGGAGUCAAUGGGUGUCGAGAUCUGUUUGGUUAUAAGCAUUCUUCCAAAUAUCUUUCUCUGUGUUCAUCAGAACAAAGAAAUUCAUACACAUUUGGAACAAGUCGAAGGUGAGUAAAUGAUGAUAGAAUUUUCAUUUUUGGGUGAAGUAUCACUAUAAGAUCCAUGUUUGUCUCAGGAGAUUUUAAAAGGCCUGAACGCCUCAAUGUAUCAUGUACAAUCCAAUCAUAUUUUUAGCAUUCUUACACAAAAAUAUUUUCCAUCUAAAUCUUCUUUGAUAAGUAAUAGCCCGUUACUUUGAUAUCUGGUGUUAGCUGUCAGAUUGAGUUGGUAUAAUGCUAUAUGUUUUCAACCAAACCUGAUUGUAAAAUAAUGCUCAACACAUUUUAAAUAUGAAGAAUUUUGAUUUUGACAAAUUUAGCUUAUUUUUUAGAAUUUAUAAAUAAUGCAAAGCUUAUUGGAUCAGAUUUGAAGUAGAAUCUUUGAAGUCUUGCCAGCUUUGAUUAUUUGUGGGUGCUGACUGUAUUCUUGAACAGUAAAUCUAAAUGUUGUAAUUCUCAGAGUUUAGGGCUGUUAGCUCAUCAGCUCUUCAAGAUUAAACAGCGAUAUUAAUUUCCAGGGGAUCAUUCUGUUUAUUCUUAAAUAAAUUACACUUUGAAAUCA